AUGCAUUCUCUUCUGUCUGUCGCCACGGCCGCGUUACUCUGCCUAUCAACAACAUCCGCUUCCCCCCACAAACCCAUCCAAACUUCAUCCAUCGAUCCGUUCUUCUACAAAGGGUUCGAUCUGUCCUCUCUACACAUCCUCGAGCUCGGCAAUGUGACUUACAAAGACACCGCUCGUCGCAAUGCUACAAGACCCGCUGAGGAUAUCCUCGGUGAUGGCGGUAUGAAUACCGUGAGAUUGAGAAUCUGGGUCAACCCUGAGCCUGGACAAUACGACUUGGCGUAUACAUUAUCUCAAGCGCAGAGGUUCGCAAAGAAGGGAUAUCGCAUCUAUCUCGAUUUCCACUUCUCUGAUACUUGGGCGGAUCCAAACAAACAAUUUACACCCGCAGCCUGGACAACCAGCAGCAUAUCAGCUCUGGGUUCCGAUCUCCGCCACUACGUCAAGACCACCUUGCUCGCCUUCACAGCCGGCGGCGUCGAUCUCUCUCUUGUCUCCCUCGGCAAUGAGAUUCGCCACGGGAUGCUGUGGCCCUACGGCUACGUCGACGUCGAUACCUUCCCGACCUCCGCACGCAUUGCAAAUUUCACCUCACUAGCGAGCUUAUGGUCAUCAGCCCGCAAAGGAGUCGACGACGCAGUCAAAGCCGGCGUCAAGAAACCCGCAAUCAUGAUCCACAUAGACGAUGGCUGGAACAAGACUCUGCAACUAAACUGGUUCGAAGCACUUACCGGCAGUGGCAAAGUCAAGACUUCUGAUUGGGAUGUCUUUGGCUUUUCCUUUUACCCUUUUUACGGUACUGCUGCUACAUUGCCCAACCUCAAGGAAACACUCGAUGCGGUGGCGGCAAAGUACCAGAAACCUGUUCAUGUGGUUGAGACGGAUUGGCCGGCCAUCUGCGAUGGAGCCACUGCGCCUGAGCUCAGCGAUAUUUCUGUGCCUGUCAGUGUUGCUGGGCAAACUGAGUGGGUGAGGGAUAUUGUUUCAGUGGUCAAGGGCGUUGCUGGUGGUUGGGGUAAGGGAGUCAAUUACUGGGAACCCACUUGGUUGAACAAUACAGGGCUGGGCAGUGCGUGUCAAGAUGCGAUCUUGUUUUCUGCUGAUUGGAGUGGUUGGCCGAACAGGAUUAUCGGAUACUCGAGGAGUAGUGUUGAUAUGUUUGCUGGACGAUGA